AUGAGUGCUGUGCUUGGAAUCCAGCGCAAUCUACAGAAAUUUCCACCAUUUUUUUUCACUGACCGAUAUUGCUCUAUUGCCAGUUGUGAUAGCUAUUCUUUUGUACAGUCAAAGACGUUAAGAAUGGCAAUGGAUAACAAUGAGUCCAAUCCCAGUAAAGCCCACGAUAGUCAUACGAGUAAAUCGACUGGCAAAUCCAGACAGAGAAAAGAUGCCAAAAAUCAAUCAUCUAAAAAGGUUGAAAUUAAAAAUGGCUUAGAUCAAUCGACAGAGCAAAAUGCCAAUCAAUCCUCUUUACUGCAAAAGGAAACUACGACGACAUCAGCAUCGUUGCAUGACAGAAGCGCUAAUGAUACUGAGAAAUAUCCAUCAUUAGCCACUGUCGACAAUACCGUUACUGAAAGCCAGGAUUUCUUAUUACCUUAUUUUAGUUAUAAGGUCAAGUUAGAAUUAGACGUAAUGUUGAUUGGAUUAACUUUCCUCUGUGCACUUACUCGAUUUUAUAAUCUCUGCCAUCCGAGCAAUGUUAUAUUUGACGAAAUUUUAGCUGGAAAAGCUUUAUUCAUGUAUGGAAGAGGUAUAUUUUUUAUCGAUGCUUUCCCUCCACUAGCUAAGCUUUUAUAUACCUUUGUGGGCAAUUUCGCAGGGUAUAAUGGAAAUUUUACUUUCGAACCAGUUGGUACAGCAAUGCCCAAUGAUGUUCCUAUUCAGGCUCUCCGUUCAUGCUGUGCGUUUUUUGCCACUAUGCAUAUUCCUCUAAUUUAUUCGAUUAUGCAACAACUUGGACAUAGUCGCUCAACUGCCUCUGUUGCCUGCAUCUUGGUUAUAUUUGGCUUUUCUCUGCAAAGUGGUUUCGGUAUCUUUUUCUUACUGGUUUGUGCCUAUGUGGAGCAUUUAGAAAUUGUGUACGGUUCCAAGCUGACACUUCGCCAAAUAUAUACCAACCAUCCAUGUUGGUUACAUUCCCAUGAGCAUAUAUAUCCUAUCAAAUAUCCUGAUGGCAGAGGUAGUAGUGGUCAACAGCAAGUCACUUGUUACACUUACAAGGAUCCGAAUAAUUGGUGGAUUAUUAAGGAUCCUAAAAGUACUAAUCAAACAGUCGAAACGCCGCAUAGAGCUGUCAAGGAUGGAGACAUUAUCCAGUUAGUUCAUGUAAAAACGAAUCGGACCCUGAAUAGUCAUAAUGUUGCCAGCCCGGUGACUCCAACUCAUCAAGAAGUCGCUUGUUUCGUCCACUAUAAUAAAACUAACUUAGUGAAACAAGAUUUAUGGCAGUUGAAAAUUGAAAAUCCAAACGCAAAUGGAACAUGGACUCAAUUGAACUCUAGAAUCCGCUUUAUUCACUUGGCAACGAAACAAGCUUUAACAACGAGCGGAAAGCAACUACCGAAUUGGGGAUUCUAUCAAUUAGAGCGGCAAAUACAUCUUUUGGGUAAUCCAAUAGUUUGGUGGACAUGUACGUUUAGUCUGUGUGUUUAUAUUGCUUUGGUAGUAUUUUAUAUGGCCUUGGAGCGUCGGCAAAUUUACGUCAUAAAUAGAGGAUCAGCCCGAAGUCUAGGCUUGUAUUUACUGCCGCAGUUGUAUCCUUUCUUGGAAUUAUAG